GGGUGGGUAACACCUAUCUAUGCUCGAACAAGUGUGGGUAAAUAGAUUGGGCUUCGUGUGGCUCAGCGUCGAACUUCACCAGAAGGCUACUGUUCACGUCGGAGGGAGUGCUGCAGGGCGUCGGAUUCCGGUGGCUGUUCAGUGCCGCCGCCGUUCGUGGUUCGUGGAGCGUGUCGGCCGGUCGUGGAGGGUCGUCGGAGAGCCACCACGCCAUAGGUCGUGCGAUUGUGGAGGAGACGUCACACUGCUGCAAUUUCGUGGGGGAAACGCCGCGCCGCCGUGGAGAACGUUGCUGAUGGCGCCGGAAUCGCGAUUCAACACCGCUGCUCGUCACGCUGUCGCACGGAACUCGCCGCAGGUUCGAGUCACGCCACCGGGGUUCGUGAGCUGCUAUUCGCGGGUCUUUAGUCGGGCCGCCGGCGAGAGUCGUUGGUCUCUGAGAACGGCUGCGCCACUACUUCCGCCGCCGUGGGUACGGGGUCGCCGUAGAGAGGGGUGGCUGGCAAAUGGGAAGGCCGCUCGGUUGCAGAGAGAGAAGGGGUAAAAGAUGGGGAAGAAAUUAGGUUU